AUACAUGAACUGACACUAAUUAUUGAUUUAGGUUAUCGACAAGGCUAGUUAUUUUGAUUCGAUAUGGCUUUCUCAGUUUUCAACAAGCAACCGCUUUUAAUACCGAUAUUGUUGUGCGUUGCUCUUUACAGCUUCGGGAUAGGGAAAGCACAAACAGGAGUUGCUGGAACCGGGAUUGGAUAUAUACCCCAGCCUGGCAGUGGUGUGGGUGGUGGGUUCGGAGGCAGUGGUGCGGGUGGUGGGUUCGGAGGCAGUGGUGGGGGUGGGUUUGGGAGUGCCGGCGGAUUUGGAGGAAUUGGUACGGGAGCUAUUGCUAAAGCACUUGUUUGUCUCAAUGACAAGAUCUACAGUGAAUGUGAGGAGUCUUAUCGAUUGACCGAAAGCGGUGAACUCCACGUCCCGCCAGACUAUACAGAUCAAUAUUGUGGCGGCCCGUGUCUCAAAGAGACGGACCUUGUGCUCAACUGUAUCAAUGACGUAUUUUCGAACUUUAUCUUUAACAAUCGUGCCACCAUACUCAUUGUGAAAGAUACCAUCAAGGCCGGAUGCAGCUAUGGUCCUAGCCGAGGUGACUUCAAUGUGGCGGAGCACGUUCAAGCAUAUGAAAGCAAUUCAUACAAGUUUUCAUACCCUAUUCUCUUUUGGCUCAUACCUUUGAUUUCAGUUUUUAUUCUAUUAUUUUGAUUAUCAUAUUAUGUAAUAGUAACUAUAAAAAUAUACAAAUACUAAAAUGGAAAAUCUGAAUGAAUACUCUAAUAUAUUUGUAUUGUUGAUGACAUAAGUAAUGUAUAAUAAUAUAAUAUAAUGCACCAUUA